AUGGUGCCAAUAAAAUCACUUGAUGCCCCAAAUAAUUCGAAGCAACGCUCAAAAGAGAAUUAUUGUACUUCAUCGUCAUUUAAAGAUCACAAUAAUAAUACUAAUGAACAUUUGUUAUUCAGUAGCAAUGAUCUUCCUCCAGUGGUUGAUCAUCAGGAUAAUCAAUCUAGUUUAAUGAAUCAUGAAGAUCUUCGAAAUAUAAUGAAUUCAUUGUUCCAAUUAACCGGUAAAGUGAAUGGUAUGCUUACACGUAUAAAUAAAUUAGAGAGUAGACUAACAAAUGUUGAGACUGAUUGUUCGUUUAAUCAUCGUUCAAGAACAUAUAGCGGAAAUACUGUUGGUUCAAAUCAACCACUCACGGAUUCAAUUGAUAUAUAUGGAAGUAGGAAUAUUGUCAAUCCCACUAGUUUACCUCAUGUUGUUACAGGAAAAUAUAGUAGUUAUUUGCCCAUUAACUCAACAAAUUCACUUGUCACAUCUAAUAGUGGCAGUUCUACGUUGGAUACGUUCAAUGAAACGAAGUGCACAAUUGGAACAAAAACAAAUACUACCACGAAUGCUGUAAUGUCAUCGUUACCAGUGACAACGGCGACAACAACAACCAACUCUUAUGAUGUUAAAUCGUAUGCAGGUCGUUAUAUUCCAAGUUAUAAUAAUAAAUUAUCUGAGUCUUUCUUAUCAAAACCUAAAUAUUUGACAUCAACAAAAUUGAAUUUACAAGAUAACAACGAUUAUCAUUAUUCAGUUGCUAGUAAUCAAGCUAUAAUGGAUAAAACAGAAAGUCAGAACGUGAAAAUUUCUAUAAAUGAUGAUCAUCAAUCUAUCAAAAAUGUUCCGAAUGCUUUUAAUUCAUUCCAUGAUUCAUACAAAUCCAAUGAAAAUUGUUAUGACUUAUCAAGUCGGAAUGAAAUUCCGGAAUCUGUUCAUUCUAAAUAUGCUGACUCUUUGAAAACUAUCAAUCAUCGAUCAUCUAGAUUACUUGAUCUGAAUACUUGUUUACUGGUCGAUUUAGAUCAACAAUCUGAAAUUCAAUCCCUUUCAUUCGGUCGAAAUAAUUCGGCAUUACCUUAUCGUCCUAAAUCAUCUGCUGAUUAUUCUACCACACAUGAUACAUCUAAUCCAUUUGAGAAUUCUUGUGGUCAGCGUAAAAUGAUGAUACCUUUGUUGCCAUUAAAUUCAUCACGUAAAUCUGUUGAAUCAAAGACUCCAAUCAAUCAGAAGUCCGAGGCUUCAUAUCGUGCUCAAGUGGAACGUAUAACCAAUAUGCUUGCUGAAACACAAAAUCUUCUUCAAGAACAUUCUCCUGUUGUUAAAAUGAACGAAAUAUUCAGCAGUAACAAUAAUAAUAUCAUAACCAAUGACAAUAGUAAUAAUGCAGUAAUUUUAAAAGCAUAA